AUGAUCGGCGCGCCGGACGAGGAGACCUGGGACGGCCCCCGCGGCUGGGCGGUGUGGGUCAGGAAGCAGAUGAACAUGUCGCCCGAGUCGACGCGCUGCGUGAAGGAGGUGUUCCGGCAGCUGCGCGACGCCGACUCGCAGGGCGUCCUCUACGACCCGCGCGCCUGCGACCUGCUCGCGGGCGCGGCGCCCCUCAUCGUCGAGGACUCCAUGGAGGCGACCAUCGUCUGCAACGCGGUGCAGCAGGGCGUGAGCCUGGGCCAGGCGACGGUGCUCGUGAACGUCGCCCGGGGCAAGGCCGUGCCGGAGCGCGCGCCCUUGAGCUACAGCGCCGUCCAGGGCUACUGCGCGCGGUCGGACGUCGUCGACGUCGCGAAGCGCGGGACGAAGAAGAGCGGGAGCCUCGACCCCCCUAUAUUCCCAGCCCCCAGUAGCCCCGAGUCCGAGUAG